GUAGGUUGUAGGGUGUCGUCUAGUACUCGUCCUUUCUUCACUGAGAAAGGAUCUCUACAGUUUUACGCACAAAGCUAUACUCUGAAGUUCGACACGACUUGUCAUAGCGCUUUUUCCUUUUUGAGGAUGACAUAGUUUGUCUUUCGCGGGACGUUCAUUGCCUAAGAGACCCCUCUAUUCACAGUGCACUGCAAGGCGGCAAUUCGGCCUGGUUGUACAGCCUUGGCAAUACCAGGACAUGCUUCUCGGUUAAUACUACAAAAUGUAUUUAACUCUACGGGACUAGGGCACAACCGUUGGCCAGGCGGGAAUGACGCCAGUUACGUUUUGGAGACUUAGGCUUGACUGCUAAAGCCUUACGGCACUGGCUUCAACGGUCAAGUGGUCUGCUUCAAGGGGUCAUGGUUUCAUCCGCAUUGAAGGAUGAAGCUAGACACGGGCACAACUUGCACAAUUUAUGUGCACCUCAGAAAACGUGCUCUUCGUUUGUCCGGUUGAUCUCAUUGCUGUUUGGAAUUCUUCUUGUAAGGCUUUGUGCAACACACAGCGUAACUGUAACGCCGGGUGACCUCUUGGAGGCCUUGGCGCGUGCCCAUGCUCGGGCGGAAGCCGAGGCCCAGCCGUAUGAAAGCAAAAUGGUCGUCAAGGUCAUUUCUUCUACGUCACCAGCACAUAUCGGAGGAGUUGCUUUUACGGGCACCAGGUCGUUAACCUUGCACCGGAGCGCGCAUCUUAUCGGCGUUACCAGCCCUUCUAAUCCAGACAUAAACUGGCAGGGGCGCCAGGGCCGCAUUCAAACGGCUGACAGUCGCAGCGUCUUACAGCGUCACGUGGUUCUACCUGCCGGCGUGCGGUUGGACAUUGAGGGCCUUACUGUCGUUAGCUUGCACAUCGGGCAGGGGCGCGAACCGGACGGCAACCUCGCGAGUCUGGUAGCUGGCUGGCUACUAGAUAAACGCAGUCAAGGCACGCUCACGUUGGCAGAUGUCGUCCUGGAGUUUGCCUCUUGCGAGGCAAACGGAUUUUCUAGCCUUGUACAAGCACCAGCUUUGUCUGUAACGGGGAAAGAAAGCCACCAAGGUGGUGCUGCUAAGUUUACCACCAGCAUGCUCCACGCGGGAAAGCCCGCUGCUGGCGCUGAUCCCUCCGUCCUCAGCAGCAGUAGCAGCGACGGGAGCAGCGCAUUCGCACAGCCCGGAAUCACCCGAGCAGAUUUGCUGCCAGAUCCUGCGAGACCACAAACAUUCCCGGCCAGCCAGGGCGGCCUCUCUCACCUUCGAGGCACUCCCAGUUCUGGGGGCCAGCAUCUCCAUCUGUCAAGCGCCCGCUCAAAUCCGGAACCUGAGCAUCUGUCAACCAGCAAUCUUAAGCAUGCUUCCGACGUCCUUGAGACCACCCUCGGCCCCGGGCGGCCAUCACCGUUAUCGCUGGGUACGACUGCAACCUCGUCGUACCUAAUUGAGGACUUGCAGUUGCAGCUGCCGUCGGACGGCGGGCAUGGCUUCGCAACAGUGCUACUGCAUAACACCCAAGUGCGCUGCAACAUGCCAACCCAUGUACACAUGACGUCAGACGACAGCGCCAGCGACAGUGGCAGCAGCGACAGCGGCAGCAGCGACAGCGGCAGCAGCGACAGCGGCGGUGGCACCGACGCCACCAAAGGCUCUGCUAGCGCAGCAGCAGCGACGGCAGCCUCCAGCGACUCUGUUCCAUCGUCGUACCGACGUCGGCGCCUGCUUGCGGCAGUGUCCGGGCAGUGGCCACGUGGCCGAAACACGGCAGGCGGCAGCGGAGGUGCCGGAGCCGCUGCUGCGGCUGCUGCCGGGCUGCUGCAAGGGGAGGUGCUGGCGGCAGAGGCCGCUGGGACAUCUGGUGCUGGCGCUUCCGGUCGCGGACGGGGCAGUCUUGCAGGCGGCUUUUGGGGGCAGCAGUUCGUUGCCGUGGCGCUGAUGUUGGUGGUUGUGGGCGGUGUGUGGCUGAGGCGGCUGCUGAGCUGCGCCUGCAUGGCGCCACCCAAGGCAGCGGCCCCGAGCAGCCCAGAUGCGCACCAGCGCGCAGAGCAGCAGGCCGGCAGCCGCCCCAUGGGCAAGACGUCCACGACUGUGUUCGCUCGGAGCAGUCAGAACCACACGCUGUCAGCGCUCUCCCGCUUCAGCGCGCAGCUGCGCAAGGGUGAGGAUGGUAGCUUCAGUCGCACGGGGGCUCUGCGAGGUGCUGGUGGUGCUGGUGCUGGUGGAGCCGACGGCAACAACGCCGCGGACGGCAGCUUUGCUGGUGGUGGCGGCGGUGGUGGCGCGCACCCGCUCUCUGCCGCCGCCGCUGUGCUGCCUCCGCAGCUGCUGAAGGACCUGUCGGAGCUCAAGUCCGGCGGACAACAAGGCCGCUUGGCCACCUCCCUGCAUGGUUUGUGGCAGCAGCAGCAGCGGGUGGUGGUCAAGGUGAUGAGCCAUGGCGAAGAGUGCUGCUUCAUGCUGGAGCAGGUGGGGGAGGUGUGGACGCGGCUGACGCACCCCAACAUUGUCGCGUGCUUUGCGGCGGAGACGCUGCCGGCGACGUCCCUGGCGGCGGUGCCGGCUGACGUGGCCCAGUUGCUGCCCAAGCCAGUCGACCCGGUGGACCCCUCCCCCUCCUCCUCCUCCCUGCUGCUCACAUGGCUCGUUCUGGAGCGCUGCGAGAACGGCUCCCUUGCCUCCCUGCUGGCCCUGCGACACCAGCAGCAGCUGCAGGCACGCAAGGCCGCUGCUGCUGCUGACUCUGGAGCCGGCGGUGACGGCAAGCAUGUAGCAUCCCACCUGGCUCGUCGCCUGGGUCGCUUCAGUCGCGGCCGCCGCCGGAGUUCCCAGCCCUCGGAGACCCAUGGGUCAGUGGGGGAGGCGGCGCCUGGAAUGGUGCAUCCACAUGGUCCGCCGCCGGCGCCAACUGCCUUUCCUGCGGCCAUCACCAGCCGUCCCUCAGCGGAGGAAUCGGAGCUACCGCCGCCUCCGCUGGCGUUGCCGGCGGCUGGGGUGCCGGUGAUGUCCUCUCAGGGGCAGGGUCAGCUGAGUGCAUCGCUGCUUAAGCCGCCGCAGCAGCAGCAGCAGCAGCAUGCGGCGGGAGACCGUGGGGGAUCUCCGGGAAGCAGCGGCAGUGAGGAGGGUGGAGAGAGCGCGUUGCCGGGGUUGCUGCCAGUGGUCGAGGUUCUUUCCAUCGCGCAUGACGUUGCAUCUGGCCUAGCCUACCUGCAUUCCCUGGACCUAUGCCACGGCGACGUGCGCGCAGAAAACGUCCUGCUGCAGACGCUCGUGCUGCCCAGCGGCGCUCGCAGCGCCUCCGCCCUUGGCGACUAUCAACACCAACACUCCGGAGACGGCCGAAUGGCCAUCACCAGCGCUGCGGAUGAGGCACGUAACGCCGGCAGUGGCAACGCCGGUGACGGCGCCGUAAUGGGUAUCAACGGCGGCUCCAUCGCGGCUGCGGCAGGCGUCUCAACAGUGAAAAUGGUUGGCAUGCAGUACUAUGAGGGCGGUAUGGUGCCGCUGGAUGCGGCAGCUGUCGGCCGCAACCGCCGGGAUGACGAGGCGUUGGCGCUAGCCUACGGCCGCGCAAGCGUUAGCGACAUGACGGAUAUGAGCGGCGUGUACGGCGGCAGCGGCGGUGUUGGUGUUGGUCCGCGUCAGACGGUGUCCAACAACUCCUCCUACGCAUGUACGCUUCAGGGCAGCAGCACAGUCCCGGAGAGCAGCGUGGGGCAUCCCUGGAGCAGCAGCCUGCGGAACCUCAACGGCUUCAUGCCCAGUACGUACGCGUCAACCGCCAUGGGCAUUGCGCCUCCGCAUGGGGUCGGCGUCAGCGCCAUGCGCGGCAGCGGCGCCCCGGUGUCCAGCGGCUUUGACACGGUUAGCAUGGACGAGCGAAUGAUGCCGGCGGGCAGCCUAAACCUGAAUGGGGGGAUGCCUGGCAGCAGUGGCUACGACUCACAGCUGGGUUUCGGAGCCAGCGGUUUCGGCCGUCGCGGCGUCGGCAACGCCACGUCGGCGUACGGCGGCAAUGGCGGCGGCAGCCGCUCUCAGCUGAGCAUCGGCGCGUCCUCCGGCAAUGGCUGCUCCUCAGCACAUCGGGGCAUGCAAGGUGCUGCUGCCGCCGAGGUCCCCGGUGGCGCCGCUUCCGCCGGCAUGCAAACAGACGGCAACCCCCGAAACCCCUCCUCCUCCUCUGGGGCUCCGCCGCUCUCGCCGUCGUCAGCUGCUGUUGCAGCGCUGGCACGGGGCUUCGGCGGCGGCUCUUACCAGCCGCUCGCGGCAGCAUGCAGCCUGCCGGUUGGCGCUCUGAGCAACGGGCCGUACUCCUCCCGGCGCCAGAGCACCAGCUCCCUGUCUCCCUUCACCACAAGCGCUCAGCUGCUGAACGGAUGCAACGAAGCGCCACCCUGCAAGGCGCCCUCCAACCUCGCCGCAUGGCCCGAGUCGCCGCUGGAAGGACGGCACGUCGCGAGCAGCAGCACUGUCAUGUUCGGUAGCGGCGGCGGUGGCGGUGGUGGUGCGGCUGGCACGGAAAGCCCGACGGAUGUGGGUGGCGGCGGAGGUCGCAGUGUUACAGGCUAUACCCGGGCGCUAUCGUCUGGCCUGCCCUCGUUCCGUCGGUUCCCGGCUGUAGGCGGCCUAAGGAGUGCGCUGGCAGGGCCAGAGCCGCUGCCGGCUGCGGCCGCGGUCGCAACAACAGUGCCCCGUCCGUCGCCGUUGCCGCAGCCACCGCCGCCUUCUUCUUCGGACAGCCCAAGGAGUGCUGUCGUCAUUGCUGCCGCCGUUGCUGCCAACUCGGUACGACGAGCGAGCGACGCCCCGGCACCCGACACGCCCACUGCGCCUCGUAGGCCUCCGCCGCUAAGCCUCGAGCCGCUCACCGGAGAGGUUAUCUGCGCCUCUGGGCCGCUGACCUCGGCCGCAACAGCGGCAGCGGAUGCCGUCAUCGCAUCCCCUCAGUGCAUCACCGUUCAGAUCUCCCCCGCAAACAGCGGCAUGCUGCCCUCACCUCGCGAGUCUAUAACAACAACCACUGCAGCAGCAGCUGCAGCUGGUGCUGCUACUGCUGCUACCAGCGCUGCCACCGUUGUGCAUGACUCCGCUCUUCCUUCCACGGACCCCGGGGCCCUUUCCGGCGCCCCGUCCACACCCACCACCCCUGCAACCCUGUCCCCCGUCCCCGGCAACAGCAGCAGCGGCGGCGGCAUCGGCGCUGGCAGCCGCAGUCGCCCCUCCUCCCUCAGCACCGCAGCGGGCUGCAUUCCCACCCACCAGGGCCGCCGCUGUUCCGCGCCGCCCGUGGUUUCCCUGCCCGUCAUACGCCGGGUCGCCAAGCUGUCGGACCCGUGGCUCAGCCUCGCCCGCAUGCCCGCGGACUGUGCCGGCGGGCCCUGGCUGCCGGAGGCUGCUGCUGCGGUUGGUGCUACCUCGGGUGCUGACGUGUCUCAUCUGCCGCCGGAGCUGCUGCUGUCGGGGCGGCUGCACCCCUCCUCCGAUGUGUACUCUCUGGCGAUCCUAUUAUGGCGCAUGCUGUCGUCCACCGGGGAAGCCCCGUACGGCAAGCUGCAGCCCGCCGAGGUGUCGUACAAGGUAGUGGCGUGCGGCAUGCGGCCUGCCUUCUCACCCGCCGUUCCCGAGCCCCUGCGGCGACUGGUGGAGGAUUGCUGGCAGAGCGACCCGGCAGCGCGACCCACGGUUCCGCAGGUACUGCAACGGCUGACUGAGCUUCAGGCGCAAGCGCCGCUGCUACAGCGUCAAUGGCGCGAGCGCCAUGCAUUGUUUGGUGCCGUAUCCACCGUCCCUAUCAGCGCAGUUGCUGUGUUGCCUUUGCAUGGGGAGCAGAAUGACGUGGCGGCGCGAUGGGCCGAGGCGGCAGGCAUUCGGUUGCUUCGUACGAGCGCGAGCUUUGGCGGCGGCGGGGGUGCUGUCGGCGGCGGCGGCGGAGGGUCCUCUGCCUCUGCCACCACUUCGUUCCGCGGUGGGGAGGGGUCGGGGCAUACCUCCUUUGUACGAGCAAGCAGCCUGCAUGGGACAUCUGGCACGUAUGCCGGGGGCCUGUCGUACCAGUCAGGAGGCUUCAGCGGGGCAGCGGCUUGUGUGAAUAACGGCAAUGGCAGCGGCUCUGCGGCGCAUCUCUAUCAGCAGCCGCAUCCGCCCACGCCGCCGCCCUUGAGUGGCUUCGCGGGGCUUCAUGCGCACGCGUCUCAAUUCAGCGAGCUAAGCAACCACUCUCGUGCCGCGUCGGAUAGCCAGCAUCAACAACCGCAAUCUCAACCGCCGCAGCGCAACUCCUCAACUUCCAACCACCACCAACCGAACGGCGCGCACCGAACAUCUCAGAGCAACUACCAGUCCGUCAGUCCCUUCCAGGGCCACUUGCCACAUCAAUCCAGCCGUCGCACGUUGGCCGAGCUGGCUUGAGCACAAUAAUAGUUGAGUUGGAUGGGAGUUGUGCUGGAUGAGGGUCUGUUUGGUGGUGAACGCUGAGCGCGGCAUUAUAUGCAUAAAUGCAGCGUCAACCCAGGUCCUGUGGUUGCGGUUUAGGGGGCAUGGGCAUGAGAGGUGCGGGUUUUUAUUGAGACCGCCGUUCGAGUGAUUAGAUGAUAACGCGCCAGAGUGGAGCAGGCAUGAAUUAGUUGUUGAUAGUCGGAGAAUGGCUACCGGUAUCGGCUUACUCUCGUGGGGCAGUAUACGAGGUGGAGAGCGCGAGCCGGUGAUUGGUAAAGCGGAUAUUUAGAGCACCACGAUGACGUGAGACAGCCUCUGCACAGUAACACGGCUUUUGAACUUGUGAAACAUCGCCUUGUCAUCUUGCAAAGGUGAGCCAUCUGGAGAGAAAUCGCUAGCAAGAGCGGUUGGGAGUUGUUUGGUUGUUUGGGUGGAUUUCGGUUGUUGAUGCAAUCUACUUAAGGUAAACUCAACCCACAGUGAUGUGAUGAUCCCGCCUGUUCCUAACCUAAUAGCGGUUGUGUCCUCAAUUGCUCGUCCCAACCAAAGGUUGCCAAGACCGUCAAAGGACCGUUGCUGCUAAUCGCAGUAGAGUGCGGGGUGAGAUGGGUUCCUGCCUACCGGGUGUGCUCUUCCCUAGUGUGUUUUCCUGGGGGCUCCUUCUUUUAGUCCAGGAUGCCGCAGGGAUGGGCGCGGCAGGGGUGGUGGCUAGCGGUUGAUGUUUGUGCCGUUUCUUUGCUAUGUGGAGUGCUUGCGUAUUUCUAGAGGUGUUCCCGCAUCUCCGCCUGCUGCACCGCUGCAACCCUAAACCCGGCGUACCAAGGCAUGCUGCUGUGAAAAGGAGGUUCAGGCGGCUUCAGGACGUUUGGGGUUCGUGUUGCGUGCCGUACGGGUGCCUAUGUGGAGAUAGCUGCCGUGCUUGCGCGUGUCGAGUGAAGGUGUACAAGGUUCCCGGCCGGAAAGAAGCCUGGCUUUGAAGUUUUUGAAGUGGGUGUGACAAAUUCUGGGUCUUGGUCUUUGGCAUUGAAGCAGGUCUUAAUCUUCCGGUAUAGCGUCGCCUAAAUGGCCAAUAAACCAAAGUUACACGCAUGACAUCUAAAGUACGUUUUCCUGGGGGCAAUGCCGGGACAGGGAUUUUCAUAGAUUUUGGAGGUCUAGUAGUUAUGGGAUGUGGGGCAUGUGCUUAUGGCAUGUGCUGUUUCCAAGCGUUGAGGGUUACCAGAGUUUUCGAGUGUUCAUCUCGGUUCACACGGCGUGUUGUGCAUGGGGAAUAUGCCCGUACAAGCCGAGCUGGAUGGCGGGUUGGUGGUUCUUUCCCGAUAAUAAUAAUAAACGUGUGCAUAAUGAUAAAACACACUGCCAAACGGCAUUCGUGACCCCGCCACAUUCGUGACCCCGCCACAUAGGCGAGCCAGUCUGUCGUUUGAGGUCCUCUGAAUACCGCACGCGGCCAGUGGCGUGCUAGUCAUGAUACGGUGUGUCAGCCCGUGGUUAUGGGUUCGCAGCAAGACGUUAUGCGUGUACCUGGUUUCUUUGCUCGCUUUCUGCGCUCAGGGUUGGGCCAAGAUACGCAUAUGCGAAGAGGUUAGUGGAGCGGAACACGAAAACGUCAGGAUACUAAUAUAUCGGGGCAAUUCGUGCUUCUCAUUGAUAUGCCACGUUAUUCGAUCUAUGUGGAUUGCAGGGGCUUGCUUUGGUUUGCUUGGGGGCUGGGCUGAUUGGGGAAGAGGGGUCAAGGGCGUAAGAGGAGAGGUGGUUGCGCACAUGGUUCUUGUGGACGUGUGUAAUGCUGUGAAAGAAUUUUUCGAUUUGUUAAGCACGAUGCGGUGUCUCCUACGGUAUGAUACUUGCCGCAUUUUUGGCUGUGGCCUGUGUCCCUCAUCUAGAGCUGCAGUGGCUUUGAUGCAUCGCUGGUUUGCUGCGGACGUGUCUUGGCAGGUUGCGACUGUUAAGGCGGGUUUGGUUUGAAGGUAAAUUGGACAACAUCGCUAACGGGAGAGGAGUUUUCAUAAUUGGGAAUGAGUGGGUGCUUGUUGUGCCAUCGCUGGCUUGGGGCUUCGAAAUGCAAUGGACUGUUUGGUUGGCAGAGGAGGAACUGGCGGGCUGCUACUGCCGCUGGGAGCGUUAUUACUCACUGACGACGUAGCCUUUUGUAGGAAGAGGGGUGAACGGCUGAAGGUGCUGUAUCGGGGAUGAGGUGGGGUGGUUUGGCAGGGUAAUGGUGCGCACCGGGAUUUUCCGUAUUUGGCUGCAGGCAGGCAAAGGGCACACUAGCAGGUGGUGUAAUAAGGCGCUUUUGCGCGGUUGUGCUGUGUGCAUCUUCAAGGACGUUGACUGAGGGUACUAAGUUGAUGAGCUCAGGAUUGGCAAGCGGCCAGGAAAAUGUGGACAUGCUUUUGCGUCCGCGUGCCUUGAUAACGUUGUUGGCUAUUUCAUUUCUCUGGUGUGAGGAACGUAUAAGGUGUGAAGGUGUGGGUGCGCUCGCACGCCACGCACGCGUUUUCCAACGGCGUACUGCACGUCAAUCACUGUCGAUGUAUCCUGGCGGCUUAGUUGAUUUACAUGCACGCAUGCACGUAAAUCCGUUCACACGCCUGUAUGUAUCUACCUGUUCCCCCCGCCCCCACGUUUAUUGUGGUAAUAUAAACACACGUUGUGUAGUUCAUGUCACAUGGGCGCAGCUGAGCGUGCAACCUGUGUUUCCUCCUACUUUGCACGCACGCUCUAGCUAAAGCAGGCUACGGAUCGUUUGGUCAUCUGUGCCUCUUAUGUACGUACGGCGUUGUUACUGCCGUACAGAUCCCCCGUACCAUAAAGGAGAAUAAUAUGCUCUGGUUUAUCAUGUAGUAUUUAGCGCCUUUGCACGCUGUGAUAACUGCGUGUAUGUUCCCUGCGUGUGUUGUUGUUGUUGCCGGUGUCCUCAACAUUCAUUUCUUUUGGCUUCCAGGCAACCUCUUGCUGCCGUAUUCCGGUAUCAUACGGGUCAAGGAAACGCGCGUGCCCUGCAUAUAGCUCUUGCACCUGAAGUCUGCGGAUGGAGAGGUGCGGACGCAUAUGCCUAUUGUAGCAAUAGCAAUACGUGUAAACAUGCAACAAUAAUGCCGCCUGCAAGGUGACGCCUUUUGUUUCCGAUCCGGACUGCCACAGAGGCCCACCUUGCUACACCCCUAUUCCACAUACGCUGACACAUCGGCGUACCUUGGCCCGUCAACAAUGCUUUAAUCAUUCCUGGCAUGUGCAGCAUGCGACCCGAAAUGUAGCACCGGUGUCUUGAG